AUGGGUGCCUUUGAAAGACUAAAUCAACUCAAAAGACAAUAUAAAAUCACUUUCAUGACUCUUCAGGAACCUUUCUGCAGAAACACCAAAAUUGACAAAUGUAGAAGGGGUUUGGGGUAUCAAUUUGCAUAUGCCAAUUGCUCUAACAAGAUAUGGAUCCUUUGUGAUGAAUUCUUGGAGUGUAACAUUAUACAUGACACUGAGCAACAUCUCACAUGCACUAUCAACACUGGUAAUGGGAAAAUUACAGUCACUGCUGUGUAUGCCAAGUGUGAGGCUAACUUAAGGGAGGAGCUUUGGGAUGAGUUGAUAAACAUGGCUAGUAGUUGUAAUAACCCCUGGAUGGUGAUUGGGGACUUCAACUGUAUUAUAGAUCCUGACGAAAAAAGAGGGGGUAAUCAACACAGAAUGUCUGAGAGCAUGCCUUUAAUUAAUUGCAUGAUGGAUUGUGAAUUAGCAGAUGCAGGUUUUAUAGGCUCAAAGUUUACUUGGUGUAAUGGUUGGGCCCCAAGAGAGAGAAUCUGGAAGAGAUUGGAUAGGGCAUUGAUAAAUCAACAAUGGAGUCAACAAUAUAACAUCACCACUAUUACCCAUCUAGUGAGGACAGGGUCUGACCAUGCCCCUCUUCUGAUAACAGUGUCUAACAAUAACAAUGUCCCUCCAAAAUACUUCAAAUUUCUGAAUUUGUGGGUGGAUGAACCAAGUUUCAUGGAUGUUGUUCAAAAUGCUUGGAAUAUAGAGACUGAAGGUAGUAAAAUGUGGCAGUUUCAUGCGAAACUCAAAAACACUACCAAAAAUCUAUCUUGGUGGUCUAGGAAUUGCAUUGGAGAUAUAUUCAAUAACACCAAGGAAAAGGAGAAAAUGGUGGCUGAGCUGGAAGAUCAGUGUCAGCAAAACAAUAAUGAAGAAAACAGGAUGAAGCUUAAUCAGGCUAAUGCCAACUUGAUCAGGCAUUAUAAAGUGGAAGAAGCUUUUUGGAAACAAAAAUCUAGUAUCAAGUGGCACAAUGAAGGUGACUUGAAUACUAGAUUCUUCCACUCUGUUAUGGCUUGCAAGAAAAACAGGCUUCUACUCACCAAAAUCAAGAAUGAUGAAGGAAACUGGAUAGAAGGAGUCAAUGACAUAGCCAAGGAAGCCAUUAUGUUCUUUGAGAAACAGUUCACUAGAGAGAACACUGUUAUGGAGGAUUCUAUUUUAAGCUGUUUACCAAGGGUGAUUGAUCCAGGAGAUAAUGAGGAGCUGUGCAAACUUCCUACUCUUCAAGAGAUUAAAGAAGUGGUUUUUAACAUGAACUCAGAUAGCUCACCUGGACCAGAUGGAGUGAAUGAGACCUUUUACAAGAAGUGUUGGGAUAUUAUUGCAACUGACUUGUAUGAGAUGAUACUGGAGUUUUUUUUCUGGCAGUGA